AUGGGAUUAAAGGUCGAUAAGGGUAAGGAAUGUGUUCAAGAAAAGGAGAUGCCAAAGUACAGGCAAGAUGUUCGAAUGGGGUAUCUGGAGCCCCGAGGUAUCGAAAAUGGAAAUCGGGCGAGUGGCCGUCUUCGUAUGCACGGAGUGCGAGGUCGUGAUUUGAUUGACAUAGGAAAAGGGUACUCCGGUGUGAAAGGUGUGGAGUAUUGGGAGCCCUGUGUUGAUCGUGGGCGAGUCAUAGAGUGGUGGAACCACGGAAAGGAAAUGGUGGACGGGAUGAAAGAACCGUCAAGGAGAGGACGAUACGGAUGCAUCAAGGAGUUGAAAAUGCGAAGCGGAUGA